AAAUUUGACAGUUUUGAAACGAGGCUAUCCAGUAAUCAUUGCUAUCCGGCAUGAGUUUUAACCAAGACGUUGCAAUGGAUAGCUCAGAUUCUCGUAAACGACCUCUUGAUGGCGAAAAUGAAGGUGGAAUAUCAAAGAAGUCGAAUCAAGGACCAGAUGGCGGAAUACAUGUUAAAGUACUUGUGCCAAGUAUUGCAGCUGGGGCAAUUAUCGGAAAGGGGGGUGAAACCAUCGCACAGAUCCAAAAAGAGGCUGGUGCCAAAAUGAAAAUGUCCAAAGCCAACGAUUAUUACCCUGGAACCACAGAGAGGGUAUGCCUUAUGACCGGUACGCACGACCAAGUCAAUCGUGUCGCAGAUUUCGUCCUUGAAAAAAUUAGAGAAAAACCAGACCCCAACCCACGACCAGUUGAUGGUGAACUCAAAGUGAAUCAAGAACGACAUAAACAAGUGAAGAUCCUUGUUCCAAACAGUACUGCUGGUAUGAUAAUAGGCAAGAGUGGAAGCUUUAUUAAACAGAUCAAAGAUGACAGUGGGGCUUAUGUACAGAUAUCACAGAAAGCCAAGGAUAUGAACUUACAGGAACGUUGUGUCACCAUAGCAGGAGAUGAGGUGCAGAACAAGAAAGCUCUCCAGAUGAUUAUACAAAAGAUAACAGAGGACCCUCAGAGUGGUUCUUGUCCUAACAUAAGCUAUACAGACUUUCAUGGCCCUGUGGCCAGCGCCAACCCUACAGGCUCUCCCUUCGCUGGAGCAGUACCGCAGAGAAUGGAGGUCGGAGGUCAAGGGUACAGCCCUGGUCAGAACUUUCCCGGUGGUUUACUAGGUGCAGGAGGUAACUUUACCAAUGGAGGAGGCCCGAAUAACAUCGGCAGUGGAAUAAAUAACUUGAAUCUCAACUCUUCCAUUGGUACCAAUGGCCGAGGUAUUGCCAUGCCUGGCCUGGAAAGUCUACGCACCACACUACGUGCAAGUGGUUUCUCUGAUAUGGCGAUUGAGGAGAUCUGCCAAGCUAUGUGCACUCUCUCCAGCUAUAACUUACUAGGUGCUAUCCUGCCAUUCCUUGGUGACUAUGUAGUGGUGCCCUCUAGUGGUGACCCCCUGGGUUUUACAACAACAUAUGGUGGCUGGACAUACACUCAGGGACUUAUAGGGGUGCUACAGAACAUGAUAACCAAUAGACAAUAGAAAGAGAGCAGCUACCAUUAGAGGCCAUUUAAACAGCAUACACCCUUACUACACAGAUCAUAUACUACCUCACUACAGUACAGUCAUAUAUACAAUACAGCCUAACCAUGUAGAUAUACCAUAGACAGAACUUAUACAUACUACUUAAUACUAACAAAGAACCCAGCUAGCUACAAGCAUUUUAAUUAG